AUGGAAUGCUUCUUAACUGAAACUACAACUUUAUUUAUAGCUAUUUUGAAGUGUAGAUUGUACAGAAGUCAACAGUACUAAACAGGCUAAAACCAAACUAUCAUUUUCCACAAGGCUGUUUGUUUUCAUGAGUUUCUGCUACAGCUUCAUCAUCGGAUGGAGGUGAAUGGGCUAUCAAACAGCAAAAUGGAUCUCUGUUAUGAUGCUUUGAAUGGAUCCUGUGGGAAAUAUGUAAGACCAUACGGCAUCCACAGUCUGAUGCUCAUCGCCAUGAUGUUGACCACUAUUGUGACCAUCAUUGGGAAUCUACUGGUCAUCAUCUCCAUUGGACAUUUCAAGCAACUUCACACACCAACAAACCAGCUGAUUCUGUCUCUCGCCCUUUGUGACUUUCUCCUCGGGCUGUUUGUCAUGCCGUUGAGCGCCGUCCGUUCCAUGCAGGGCUGUUGGUACUUUGGUGAUUUCUUAUGUAAGUUACACACAUGCAUUGACAUGACUCUCAGCACCGCUUCGAUUUUCCACCUCGUGAGUGUGUCUGCCGAACGUUGUUGUGCUGUGUGCUGCCCAUUAACCUAUCAUUAUCGCUUCGGUUUUCCAACAGUGCUGUUAAUGAUCUCUAUCAGCUGGUUGAUUCCUGCCAUAUUCUCUUACAUGAGUACCUUCCUCGAACUCAACCUUCAAGGUGACAGGGACUUCUACGAAACACACGUACGCUGUGUGGGAGGGUGCCAUGUCUUCUUUGGUCCCGGUCCGGCCGUAGUCACCUCCCUUUUUUCUUUCUACGUUCCUGGUCUCAUCAUUAUUGGCAUUUAUUCUCGAAUAUACAUGAUUGCGCGAAACCAAGCAAAAUCUAUUAGUCUUCAGCUGAACCAGCUUAGGAGAGUUUAUCCAUCGGAAGGCACACAACGUCGGGCACAGAAGGCUACGAUAACGAUUGCUAUCAUAGUUGGAGUUUUCCUGGUUUGCUGGACUCCUUUUUUCCUCUGUAACAUCAUGAAUCCUUUUAUUGGCUACACAAUAUCACCAGUGUUGAUCGAUGCACUUGUUUGGUUUGGCUAUGUCAAUUCUACCUUAAAUCCUUUCAUUUAUGCAUUCAUGCAUUCUUGGUUCAGAAAAGCUGUGAGGAUUAUAGUAACUGGAGAAAUAUUUAAAAACAAUAGCUGCAGAAAACAGUUAUACUCAUAACUAAGGCCUAAUUCAGAAUAGCAUAGCAUACUAUUGAUCAGUUAGACCAAUUGUUUCACUAAAUGAUUAAUCUGCUGGCCAGAACUUUGUAAAUGCAACCAAAAAUCAGCCAUGCCUUCCUAAAACAUGUUCAAACAUGCCCCCACAUAUCUACAUCCAUGAGUGGGAAGAUAUCCAUAAUACUGUCCGAAUGUACUGUAUAUGCAUAGAAAGAAGGCAUAACUUUGAUUCUCACUGUAGUAUUGUUGCUACUGCCAUGUCAUGAAGACUCUGUGUUUCAUUAUGAAAGUCAAACAACUUUGUUUGGUCUUCCAAAAGAGGACACAACUAGAAAUCAGGGGUUACGUUUUAUUUAGAAAAGUGUUCCAGAACAGUACAACCCAAAUAUUCAAGUAUGUGCAGCAUAUUUUACAGAGGAAAGUUUCCUGAUCCUGAUAAGGGGUGAAACAUUUCCAUCACAUGCUUGAGGUUUCCGGCCAAUCAAAAUGGACUGGAUAACUUGCCCAUCAGAGCACACUGUGAUAAGUUAAAAAAAAAAAAUAAUUCUGUCCGUCUCCCUAAUGACAAAAAGCUAAGCUCUGUAGGGCAUUAUAGGUAAACAGGUUGGCUGUGAUAAUAAUGUGACAGGACACAGCUAAUGAGCUUCAUGCACGGCAUAAGUGCUAAGCAGGUGAGCGCUGGUUAUUAACACCUUUGAUUAGUCCAACUGCUCUGAGAGUCACUCUGAUAAAAUGGAGUAUGAUAACAAGUCUCAUGGCUCCAAGACAUUAAUGAGGUGUGUGUGACCGAGAGCUGUGUUUUUUUCUUCUAAAAGUUAAGAAAUACUCAGUCCAGUGCAGAAAUUUGCAUUUACUGUAGUUGCAGUUAUAUAGUUUAAUUACUUUUAAAAGCAAUUUAAAGACAUUAACAGUUUGAAGUUGUAAGUUUAAUAGAUAGAAUAUUUCAAAAGGGGUGUGUGAAGUUCUUUUCCAUAUUUUAAAAUUGAAAUAGCCUUUUCUAUUGUCUAACACUAAAAACAAAUAAUAAUUGUAUAACACUGUUAAAUUAAACUUCAGAAUACACAUUGUCCUACUGUUGUUUAUAAUGUUGUGAUGCCUGAAUUCACUUGUAUAAUCAAAAACAAUGUUUAGACAAAAUUGUAUAGAAUUUUAAUAUUAAGCACUUGGUUUCCAGCCAU